AUGGCGGGACUUGAGCCUCUAAUAUCGCUGAUAUACCACGAAAGGCAGCAGCCAGGCUCUAUGCUCUGCGCGCAACAUGCCUUGAACAACUUAUUGCGUACGCAUUUCAGCCUUGAUGCGCUCGAAGGCAGCUAUCACACCGACGCGGCAGCUGGCCCUAGCACGAAUAUGGACGAUACUGGAUUUUUCUCUGUCCAAGUGCUUGAGAACGCAUUAAACGUGUGGGGUCUGAAUCUCGUCCGAUGGCGAAGUGCAGACAUGCGCCCGUUUCAAGAUCGCCCACACGAACAGCUCGGCUUUAUCCUGAACUUAGAGCAACACUGGUUCACGCUACGACGAUUUGGACAGACCGCCUCCAUCGGGGAAAGUCAUUGGUUCAAUCUAAACUCUUUCCUCGAAUCACCGGAGUGGGUCAGUAAGACGUACCUUGGUAUGGUUCUGCAGCAAGCUGAGACAGAAGGGUACUCGGUUUUCGUAAUAACUGAAGAACAUGAAGGGGCCUUUCCCCGUACUGAGGCGGACCACCUCGCAUCUACCAUCCGAGAACCCAGUUCCGCGUCUGGUGCUCGUCUAUCCACAUCGCGAACCGCUGACCCUGCCUCCAAGAUGGAGGGCUUUGAAGAUGAAGACAUGGAACUGCAAGCUGCGCUACAGGCCUCUUUAAUGGGUGGAGCAGCAGAUGAAUUGCUGGUCCCGGAAGCCAGAACGGGGGCCACCAGUGACUCUGGUCUCGGACUACAGCUCGGAGCUGGGCAAAGUGCGUCCAUUCCUCUACGUGGCCCCGCGAGGACUGGGAGCACUCCUGGAAGCGGAACGAGGACGCCCACCUCUAGAAUGCCGGGUCGGUUCAGCGGCAGGACGGACGAAGAUGAAGAUCUAUUUGGUGGCGUAGAGGAGUAUGGACUUGGCGGUGGGAGCGCAGACCCGGUGGAGGCCAGUAUGGCACGUAACCGAGCUAUCAUGGAGCGGAUGCAGAGGGAACAAGAGAUGGCGCUGCGUGCAAGCUACCAAGAAGAGGACCCGGAGCAGCAAAGUCAGGCUGCUGCGAGGCGGAGGCAACGAGAGGAAGAGGAAGAAGAGAUGCUCAGACGUGCGAUCGAGGAGUCUCGUGCACUCCAUGAAGCGAGUACUGCUGCAAGGGCACAAGACAGGGACGACGACGACAUGGAGGUAGAGGAAGUACUCCCAAGAGUCACGAGUCAAGCAGCGCCGUCAUGGAACCCGUCUGAACAUCGUGUAUACGAUGAUGACGAUGCCGAGCUUCAAGCGGCAUUGCGGGCUUCUCUAGAGCAAAUGCCGGAAGGAUUCCAAAUCCCCGAAGAGUCACCUGCUCAGCAUCCCGAUCCCUCGCUUUCCAGGACGUCUCAACCUCCCUCGGCUGCUACAGCUCAGCACUCAAGCACAGCCGAAGGUGAAGAUGAUUCCGAGCUCGAGUCUGAGGCGGAUACCAGUUCGGUGGCUGAGACACCAGCCGAGGAGCAGCUCAGUAUGGAGGAGAUCAGGAGGCGGAGGUUAGCUAGAUUUGGCGGCUGAGAGAAGGAUUGCACUUUCUCGUCCCGCGAUCAUGCAAGGCUUCGAUAGUACCUGUGAUAGGUAAUGUGUAUCAGAGACUCAAGCCCGACCCGUGCUCAGGGCUGUGUUUUCCCGAG